AUGGCCAAACAAUUUGAAGGGAAAGUUGUGCUCAUCACCGGAUCGAGCAAUGGAAUCGGUCGCGGUAUCGCGGUUCAUUUUGCGGCUCGGGGCGCUAAAGUGACGCUCACCGGAAGGAGUGAAGAAGCCCUGGCAGAAACCAAGGCAGAAUGUGUCGCAGCCGGAGCCUCGGAGAGCGAUAUUCUCUCAAUUGCCGGAAAUCUGACCGAGGAGCCAUUCAUGUCAAAACUUGUCAAUGAUGCUGUGGCCCAUUUCGGGAAGCUGGACGUUCUCGUCAAUAAUGCCGGUGUAACGGACAAGGAGAUGAGCGGAAAACAGCCUGGAGUGUUGACCCAGGGCCUCGAUAGCUACGACUAUAUCUUCCAGAUUAAUGUGCGUUGCGUUGUUUACCUUUGCCGGGAAGCCACGCCCCACCUCGAAAAGACGAAGGGAGCAAUUGUCAACAUUAGCUCAAUCGUCGCUUCUGAUAUUCAAUCGGCGAAUUUCCCGUACUACGCGAUGUCCAAAUCUGCCCUGGACUCGCUGACGAAAAGCCUGGCCCUUGAGCUGAUCCGGAAGGGAAUAAGGGUCAAUGGAGUCAAGCCCGGAGCAGUCACCUCCAAGAUUAUGGAACGACAGGGCGCUACGCGCGAAGUGAUGCACCAGGUCGAAACCGCCCUCUCCAGCCGCUUCGACAUGAUUCCAGUUGGGUUCUUCGGGAAACCGGAAGACAUCGCCCACAUCACGGGAUUUUUGAGUGAUAGCGUGCAAUCCCGGUACAUCAUCGGCCAGAGCAUCCGUGUCGAUGGUGGCAGUUCACUGGUGUGCCCCCUUCUGCUCGGCGAUGUGCUUGAGAAGAAA